AUGUCACUAAAUGCGCUCAAUGGCCAACACCUCCGCAUUAUCUGGGUACAGUAUGCUAGUAGUACAUUAUGUCCUCGCUGGGAGGGCAACCCAAAAGGACUUUCUGGCCCACUCAAAGGAGGCGUCAUCAUUGAUUACUUGGCAGCCCGUUUAAAUUUCACUUACGAGAUGGUCAGAGUCACGGAGAAUAGGCUAGAGCCAGAGGGAAAAGAACGGGGACUUUUCAACUACUUGUUCGACACACAAAGUGAUUUGAUAGUUUCAGCUAUUCGUUCGACAGUUCAGCGCAAUAAGAUUGUUGAUCAGACAACACCCUGGGAAUUUCCUAAACUCGGUCUACUUAUUCCCAUCCAAGACGAAACGGCUAACAUCAACGCAGUCGUCAAACCUUUUCAGUGGCCGGUUUGGAUAGGACUGAUCACUUCGAUCCUGUGCGUUAUCGUCGUUUUAAAUUUAAUGCAAUGUCGAGCCGGGAAAGAAUACCUUUACGUGUUUGGCCUUUUGUUGUCGCAAGGUGGCCGUUGCUCAUCGAAACGGCUACCAUUUCGUCUUGUCGCUGGCGUUUGGACUCUGGCCGCUUUCAUUUUCGUCCAGGCUUACACUUCGUUAUUAUUCACCUACGUCGUGGCUCCCGUCAAUCAGCCGCUCAUUAAUUCCAUCUACGAUAUCGCCGAUAGUAGCGACAUCAAUUUACUGGUCAAAAUAGCGGGGACUCCGGAUACCCUGUUCAUGUACAACAAUUGGACGGGAUUUUACGAGAAAAUUCGUGACAGGAUCAAAUCGUUUCCCCAAUCCCGCUGUACCCUAGUGUCCGAUUGCAUCGAUUUAGUCAAACCAGGAUCGAGAAAUGCGGAGGCGUAUCAAAUGGACGCCACAAGAGAAAAUUUUGAAAAGACCGGUAAAUGCAGUCUGCAGAUUGCCAGGGAUAGCUAUCUCACUAUUUUUGCAGUAAUGGCUCUAAAGAAAAACAGUCCCUACACCAAUGCUAUUAACUUGGGGCUGAUGGAACUACUGCAAAGUGGACUGAUUGACUACUGGGAAUUACGGUUCCGCCCGAUGCCCCGUCAGUGUAAAGGCAAAAUCAAAAAUGGAUACACUCCACCGAACAACAAUAAGCAUCCACCACUUUCCCUGAAGAAUUUGACUGCCGCUUUUAUUGUCCUUUCGGUUGGAUUAAGUCUUUCCGUUUUGGCCUUCCUCUGCGAGAAAAUCCUUUUCGUGACACACAGUCACAGUCAUCAAACAUCCAAGAAAAAAUUGUCCCACAAAAUCGUUGGGGAAAAGGCUUAA